GGUUCGGAUCUUCCUGUUCCUCUUCCUGGCUGCUCCGUGGACCCACGAUCUGGAUAUAAAAGCACCUCAGCCUGGUAGAUCAGUGCCACCCUGGUGCCCGAGCAGCGCCAUGCCCGGUUCAGCAUGUGGAUUUUGGAGGAUCUGGUCAGUCUGAGGUAACGUCCACGUCACACACCCAACAUAAACGUACCUGCUGUCCGUGUGUCAGAACCCUCCCCGGAUCUCACCCGCCGCGCUGAACGUGAUCGGACCUGCGCCGCCAGGACGAUGGCCGACCCGUACCGAAACAGCUAUCACCAUGGAGACGGUUACCAGGGCGACUAUCAGGAGGACGAGGACGCGGCCAGCGACGUGACCGAGGGCCACGACGAGGACGACCAGAUGUACGAGGGCGAGUACCAGGGCAUCCCGCACCCGGACGAGGUCCGACCGUGCAGGACCAAGGUGCGGCCGGAGCAGGAGGAGGAGGACGGCCUGGCCGAGCAGUACGAGGAGAUCAUGGGGGACUGCGGCCACGGUCGCUUCCAGUGGGGUCUGUUCGUGGUGCUGGGGUUGGCGCUCAUGGCCGACAGCGUGGAGUGUUUCGUGGUGGCACUGGCACUGCCCAGCGCCGAGAAGGACAUGUGCCUGUCCAACGCCGAGAAAGGCAUGCUGGGUCUGGUCGUGUUCCUGGGGAUGAUGUUCGGAGCGUUUGUUUGGGGAGGAAUGGCCGAUAAGGUUGGAAGAAGGAAAUGUCUGAUUAUCUCUCUGACCAUCAACUGCAUCGCCGCGUUCUUCUCGUCCUUCGCUCAGGGUUACGGCUUCUUCAUCUUCUUCAGACUCAUCUCGGGCUUCGGGAUCGGCGGCUCCAUCCCGAUUGUCUACACCUACUUCUCUGAGUUCCUACAGAUGGAUAAGAGAGGAGAACAUCUCAGCUGGCUCUGUAUGUUCUGGAUGAUGGGAGGCAUUUACGCAUCCUUUACCGCCUGGGGCAUCAUCCCUCAAUACGGUUGGGGUUUCAGCAUGGGAAGCGAGUUUCAGUUCCACAGUUGGCGCGCGUUCGUGUUGGUUUGCGCUCUGCCGGCCAUCGCGGCUCUCAUUGGCCUGAUGUUCAUGCCCGAGAGUCCACGCUUCCUGCUGCAGCACGCCAAGCACGAUGAAGCCUGGAUGAUCCUGAAGCAGGUCCACGACACCAACUGGAGAGCUAAAGGAGAACCGGAGCGGGUUUUUACGGUUUCUCAAAUCAAGACCCCGAAGACACAGGAGGACGAGUUUUUCGAGAUCCAGACGUCGACGGGGACGGGAUUUCAGAGAUGGGCGGUGCGCACGCUGACCCUCAUCAAACUGGUGAUGAAAAACGUCGCGUCCCUGAUGGGUCGAGAAUUUCGACUGGCGACGCUCCUCAUGGCGGCUAUCUGGUUUACCAUGGCCUUCAGUUACUACGGUUUGGCCGUGUGGUUUCCAGACAUGAUCAAGCACCUGCAGGACGAGGAGUACAAGUCCAGGAUGAAGACCUUCCACAGAGAGAGAGUCGAACACUUCCACUUCAACUUCUCCCUCACAAACCAGCUCCACAGAGAGGGCGAGUACAUCGACGACAAGUUCAUCAGCAUCCGGAUGAAGUCGGUGAGGUUCGAGGAUUCGCUCUUUGAGGAUUGUUAUUUCGAGGACAUUAAAUCCACAGACACGUUUUUUGAGAACUGCACCUUCAGAUCCACCAUCUUCUACAAAACGGAUUUGUACUCUGAGAAGUUCAUCGACUGUACGAUGGAGAACACCAGCUUCAUCCACACCAGGAAGGGCUGCCACUUAAAUUCCGAGGAGGAGAACGACGUCCUCGUCUACCUGGUCAGCUUUUUAGGGAGUCUGGCCGUGCUCCCGGGGAACAUCAUAUCGGCGCUCUUCAUGGACAAGAUCGGAAGGAUUAAAAUAAUCGGAGGCUCGAUGCUGAUCUCGGCCGGCUGCACCUUCUUCCUGUUCCUGAGUUUCAGCCAGGCGGCCAUCAUCGCCCUGCAGUGCCUGUUCUGCGGCGUCAGCGUGGCGGCGUGGAACGGCAUCGAGGUCAUCACCGUGGAGCUCUACCCGGCCACUAAGAGGGCCACGGCGUUCGGAGUUCUGAAUGCCGUCUGUAAACUGGCAGCCAUCCUGGGCAGCUCGAUCUUCGCCUCAUUCGUCGGCAUCACUAAAGUCAUUCCGAUUCUUCUGUCCUGUGCCGCGCUGGUGUGUGGAGGCCUGCUCGCCCUCAAACUGCCCGAAACCAGAGAGAAGAUUCUGCUGUGACGGCAAAAAUUACACUAAUGACCUUCCAGAACACACGAAUGCACGUCAGAAAACCAAACGGCUCGGGUUCACGCGUCCGGUUUCCUUAGUAAUCUACCAAAAAGUGUCCCAAAUUACCUGCCUUCACCCUAAAGCUGUAGAGCUAUAUCAAUAAACUUCUAGAUGUUGCCAAGAUGCCAAAAUGGAAUGUUUACCACUCAGCGAUCUUUUCUUUUUGGCUCCAGAUCAUUAAUGAAAUUUAUUUAAUGAUGUUUAGAUCCCAGCAGCUCUGUUUCCGUUCCAAUGAUGUUUCAGUGUUUCAGCUUUGGAAUAUCCAUCAUAAUAUCUGCUGCCGUAUUAACUAUAUACUGUAUUUAUUCUCAUAUCACAGCGGUAGAGGAUGUAAUUUGACAACAUUGGGAGAAAAGGGAACAAGAAAAUAAUACAAUCAAAUUCACACCUCAGCAGCUUUUUGCAGAAUAACAUCAGUGCAUGAAGUAUUUCAAUAACAAAGGGUCAGUUUGAUGCAAAUCAGCCGUCUGCAGCCAAAUAUCCGGACAUUAUUCAUGCAGUUUUAUUGCAGUCCUGGCAUUUUAUGCCCGAAUCAGCAAAUCUGAUCUGUACCUGAUGUACCGGAGCUUCAAAAUGACUUUCAUGCUACGAAUACGGUAAUCAUAACCACCGUGCUGAUCUGAUAUAACACCAAAAUAUGACUCUAGAAACCAAAAUAACAAGAGGAUAGCCAUAAUAACGACACUUUUUACCUUUUCAGAACCAUUUUACCCUCUGAUUUGAAUGUAAUAUAGCAGAUGUACCUGGGGGUUCCUGCCAACAACUGAUGGGAACAUUGACCAAUCCUAAAAUUAUCCAAAGCUAGUGAGUGAAAUGUGUUUACUUCUUCUUAUUCUUACAUCAGUAUAUUGGGCAGGGGGGCAUUUUGAGCUUAUUUAAACAUUUGGGGAUGUGUUCCCUCCAUUAUAUAUGCUGAUUACAGCCUUGAAUUAAAGCCACUUGAGUCAAUUGCUGUAUUUUUUAUCGAAUCAGGUGCAGCACCUCAGAAAACACUUCGUCCUCGUUAUUUAUGUCCUCUUCUACACUUUUCCUGCUCCGGCCUGUAAUUUUGCACCUCUGGCUUUGAUUUAUGUGCUAAAUGUUUGCAAAUGUUCGUCUGUUCUGCAUUUUUAGUGGAAGUUCUGAUUCCGUCGUCUGCUGUAUUUGAUGAGGUGCAUCUGAAUAAAGCUGUGUGUGUAAUUUCACUAACCACGACUACUUAAAUAUAUAAAUAACUCUUUCCUAAACUCUUUGCAUUCCAGCUUUUCAUGCCAUGAGACCUCCAAAGUCUUAAAAGCAAACACUGAACUGGUGAACAGUGGACUGGUUCUGGUUAAACGCUAACCUGAGGUGGAAAUGUGAAAGCUGUUAGCCGAGCUGCAUGUUGUGAGCUAAUAAUGUUUACGUCUUUUUUCUGUCUGUUGUCGAACCAAACGAAUGUUCCCGAUGUCUUUAUGUCUUGUGUCACUAAGUGUAAAUAAAAACUGACUGAUUUGCUGUUAUAA